AUGAGAGUCCCCGACUUCGCCCUGGUCGCAGGCUGCAUAUCCAUAAGCUUCGCCGCCGCCACUCCGCUCACUGCCGAACAUACUUCGCGUGCCGUCGGCUUGCCCAUCCAGCGAAAAAGAGUCGACCCUCACGCUGCCCUGAUUCAAGAUCGCGCUCGGCUCAGAAGACGACAAGCUGACACGGUUGAUAUUGACCUGGACAAUGAGCUGAGCUUGUACUUCGCCAACCUUACACUGGGCACACCCCCGCAAGAAAUCCGCCUGCAUCUGGAUACUGGCAGCUCAGACCUCUGGGUCAACGUUGCCGAAUCCCAAAUCUGUCAGCGCCAACAGUGUCAAGGCGGUGUCUACGAUGGUGCUUCUUCCUCAACUCACAGGGUCGUGAACGAUGUCUUCAAUAUUACUUAUGUUGAUGGAUCAUCCGCUUACGGUGACUAUGUCUCUGACAGUUUGAGUAUCGGCGACAUCGCGCUCAACGACUUCCAGUUUGGCACCGGACAGGUGUCGACCUCGUCGCAGGGUGUGCUAGGCAUUGGGUUUGAGUCUAACGAGGUUCAAUUACUCCGAACUGGCUCCUCGUAUCCCAACCUACCAGCUGCGAUGAAGCAAGCUGGCCACAUUGCCUCGAAUGUUUACAGUCUGUGGCUUAAUGAUUUCGAGUCUAGCACUGGCGAGAUCUUGUUCGGUGGCGUCGAUUCUGCAAAGUACACCGGCACGCUUGAGACUGUUCCUCUGAUUGAGCAGAAUGGGGGAUAUCGCCAGUUUGCUAUUGCACUUUCAACCCUCUCCCUGAACGGCACCACGAGAGCAGACUCGCUGCCUGUCGGAGUUCUCCUCGACUCGGGCUCUACUCUAUCUUAUCUACCCCGCGAUCUGGCAAGACGAGUCUUCACCGAGUUCAACGCCGUGUGGAACUCCAAUACCGGCGCUGCAUAUGUCAGCUGUAACCUUGCCAAUGAGGACCAAUCGAUCGGAUUCAACUUCAGCGGUAAAAGCAUUCAGGUGCCGUACGACGAACUCGUCCUGGAUUUCACACCUGGCGAUGGCGGCCAAGAUCUCAGACUGGAGAAUGGCGACCCGGCAUGUAUUCUGGGCAUUUCUCAGGUUGAGGAUCACAUUGCGAUACUAGGCGACACCUUUCUCCGGAGCGCCUAUGUUGUCUACGACCUAGAGAACAACCAAAUCGCUUUAGCACAAACCGUCUUCAAUGCUACCAACAGCAAUGUUGAAGAAAUCGCCACCGCUGGUGGUGACAUUCCUGGCGCUACGCCUGCACCUUUUCCUAUCAAAGAUGCUGAUGUUGGCGCGGACGGUGCUCGGCUUGGCGGUCCUUCUGCGAGUGACGCAUUUUCGGUGUCGUCUAAAAGAUCCGACUUUGCAGCAUUUGCAGCUAUCCUCGUAGCUGCAUGCAUGGUCUGGUAA